CUCUCCCUCCUAACCCCAUUCUCCUGCCUUCUCCCCAUAACCUCUGACACCUGUACUAAUCAAAAAUUUAUCUAUCUCUGCCUUAAAAAUAUCCACUGACUUGGCCUCUGCAGCCUUCUGUGACACUGUGAGUUUGCAGAACUCCCUCAGGGGUGUACCGUAGGGCUAGUCUGGAUUUUGUACCAAAUUUUCCAGAAUUGGACUAGAAUUCACAGCUGGCAAUGCAAUGAGUUGAGAAUGGUUGGAAGUAGACUUUGCUCAGUAAAUUGUGGGUGGCCCUGAUUUCGAUAGAAUCCAUAUCGCGUUUCCAGCAGUGUGUUCCAUAAUGAGUAAUCAAAAGUGAAAAAUAAUGUGUAGGAGACUUGAGUUUCAGCUUUUUCAUUUGUAGUAUUGUUAACAAUGGGCGAUGGUUUCACACCCAAGAAGUCAAGCAAGCCAGAGUAUGACCAUCGUGUAAGAGACAGGUCUGUGCAUGACUCUUUGUGCAAACUAAUUUGUCAAUGGGAGAUCCCCAAAGCCAACGGAGUGACAACACUUAAAGGCAAAUUAUUUCAUCAGUAUGAACGUGAAACAAUUGCAUAAAGAGGAUGGCGGUGGAAUUUGGAGUCCCAGGAGUCACUGCUGGAGGACUUCAGAGCAGUAUCCUUGGUUUAGCUGUCAUUGGCUAUUUCAGCAACAACCUUUCUUCCAUCGCAGCGACAGACAUGGGGAUUUGCUGAUGAUUGUAUGAUGUUCAGCAAAUGCCAGCAUGUAGCAAGACCAUGACAACAUUCAGGUGUAGGCUGACAAAUGACAAAUCAUUUUCAGGACACUAAACUCCCAGGCAAUGACCAUCGGAACUGGAUAGCAUGUGACAAAAGCUUUACACUGUACCUCGGUACACUGUACACAUGACAAUAAGCUAAACUAAACUGAACUAAAUCAAUUCUAACUUACCCUUAACAUUCAAUGGCAUCACUAUUGCCAAGUCCCCCACCAUCAAUAUCCUGGGGGUCACCACCAACCAGGUACUCAUUUAGACCGAAGAUAGACAAAAAAUGCUGGAGUAACUCAGCGGGUCAGGCAGCAUCUCUGUACAGCAGGUAUCUACCUUCUUUCCAAAUACUCUGCCUGUCCCGCUGAGUUUCUCCAGCAUUUUGUUUAUAUUUCCGGUGUAAAUGAGCAUCUGCAGUUCCUUCCUACACAUUUAGACCAGUUCUUGUAGUCAUGGUAUUUAUUAGUCAUAAAUACCUUGACUAUAUGAGCAGGUCAGAAGCUGGAUAUUCUGCAUUGAGUUACCCGUCUCCUGAACCUGAGCCCUUUCCACCAUGUACAAGGCUCAAGACAGGAAGGUGAUGGAACACGUUCCUCGUCCCUGGACAACCACAGCUCCUACAACUCUCAUGAAUCUUGACACCAUCCUGGACAAACCACCCUGGCUAAUUGGCACCCCAUCGAACACCCUACACCUUCAUUACCUCCACUAGUCAAGCCCCAAGUUGGGUUGAUUGUCAUGUGCACAAGUACAAUGAGGUACAGGCACAAUGAAAAUCUUGUUUGCUGCAGCCUCAGGUACAUACACACUAUAAUGCUGCAAUUCUACAUUCUUGUAUUUUUCUCUUUCUCUUGGCACUAACUGUUGUACUUGCGUAUAGCUUGAUUGUCCUCAUGUCUAGUAUAAUAUGACUGGAUAGCACACAAAACAAAGCUUUUCACUGUAUUACAGUACACAUGACAAUUAUAAACCAACACCCAACAACAUAAAUUAUACAUCAAUUAUAUUAGACAGUGAAGAUAAAAAUACUUUUACGAAUAAAAACACGGUCUAUAAUGUUGUGUUGCUGAGCUAUGAUUCAAGUUAUGCAGGUUGAUUCAAAGGCCUGAUAAUUGUUGGAAAGUAGCUGUGAUGUUGAUUUUCAGCCUCCUGUACCUCCUGACCAACUGUAGCAACAAGCUGAGGGCCUUACCCGAAUGGUGAGGAUCUUGAUGAUAGAUGCUGCCUUCUUGAGGCAGCACCUCAUGUAGAUGCUUUUGAUGGUGGGGAAGGCUGUGCCCAUGAUGGACUGGGCUGUCCACCACUCUUGGCAGCCUCUUGCGUUCCUGUGCGUUGGAAUUGCUGCACCAGGCCAUGAUGCAACCAACCCCAACUACUGGUUGGGCGACAUGGUGGCGCAGCGGUAAAGUUGCUGCCUUACACCACUUACAUUGCCGGAGACCCUGGCUCGAUCCGGACUACGUGCGCUGCCUGUACGGAGUUUGUACGUUUUCCCCGUGACCGCGUGGGUUUUCUCCGAGACCUUCGGUUUCCUCCCGCACUCCAAAGAUAUACAGGUAUGUAGGUAAAUUGGCUUUGUAAAUGUAAAAAUUGUCCCUAGUGUGUGUAGGAUAGUACUGCGGGGAUCGCUGGUCGGCUUGGACCUGGUGGGCCGAAGGGCCUGUUUUCGCGCUGUAUCUCUAAACUAAACUAAACUACUGGUUCACAGUUACAGCAGUUGGAACCGUCCACUGCAGUCAUUCAUCCAGAUUAGUCUCAACAACAUCACCACCUGCAGGUUCCCCUCCAAAUCAGAUACCAUCCUGACUUGGAAAUCAGCUGCCAGUCCAUCGUUGUCACGGGAUCUGAAUAAUGUCAUAGAGAGAUGCAGGAUCAAGUCUCAGGCCAUCGAGAUGCGCUGAUCACCAGCCAUCUUGGAACGUCCUCCACAACAGUACUGCAGGAACACCUCCAUCAGAAAGAUUGCAGCAGUUCAAGAGGACUGUUCACCAUCGGCUCAAAGGCAUUUAGGGAUAAGCAAUAAAUACUGGCCUGCCAGCAAUGCCCAGAUACUGGAAAAUGAUUGAAAAUAAACUAGCGGGGGGCUGGGAAAGGAAACUGAAGCUGGUGAAAGUUAAACUGGAGGAGAAUAUCCCUGAUCUGUGCAACUUUAGCCAUUUGGAGGAUGUGGGUAUUGAACGAAUAGUUGGCUAUUAAUAGCACUGCUAAUCUUAGAGUACUCUCAUAAAAAAAAGUAACAAGCGGAAAAAUAAUACCUUGUGGUCUCAUGUUAGUGAGGAAGCACAGAGGGAACCAAACGGAGACAGGGGUUGGCAUUGAUGAAUUGAAAGCCAGUUUGGACCUAAAAGAUCUCAUCUUUGCUGGGAAAAUUAAUGGGAGAGAGCGUACGGGGGGGUGAGAGCGGAGGCGGUGUAUAUUUGAGCCUUGGCUUAUAUUUGCUGGUCACAGAGUGUGUGUUGCACUGUUUGCUGGUUAUCAGUAAACACUGUUCACUCUGUGCUUUUCUGAAACAAGCGUUGGGGUUUAAAAAGCAGGAGCCAGUGCCUUCUCUCUCACUGUUUGUGACGGCGCAGUACCAGGAGCUUAGCCCUCAUAGAUAUUACCCGGCAGGAGCUGUGACAUUUUUCCGUAGUGAUGUAAAAUGAAUGAUCACUGGUUUUAAACUCCCUUUUUCCAAGGCAUCGGUGAGGGGAGGAGAGAGCGUCUGACGGGUUGCAGAUACAGAAUCGCUUGAGGUCAAAAGGCAAAACGACCUUGUUGCACUUUGCCUUCCAUCCAUGCUAUUAUGCGGCCUGAUGUGUCCAGUUAAUGAUGCCGUGUCACCCCUUCAUUGACCCAGGUUCAACCCUGACCUCCGGUUGUGUCUGAUAACUGGUGCCUCGACAAAGGAUUGUUGGGAUUACUUUACCCGGGUGAAACUUGAAGUAUAAAUAGGAAUCAAUUUAAAUAAUACAACUCUCGAGAAAUCUGAAGGAAGACGAAGUAUAACGUGGUACUCGUUACCCGGACUAGUGUGGGCAGAAGAAACUGUAUUGCCAUUUACCGAAUCAUCUUGCAUUCCAUGGCGCAAUGAUGUUGCGGGAUCGGAGGAAAGAAGAGGCAGGGCUGGCACCGACUUGCUCCGAAUGAAGGAAUGUAAUUCUAUAAUAUGGGAAGGACGGAACAGCGGAGAGUGAUAAUCAUUCCCCAGACUCACUGCAGCUACAGUCAGAGAAACAGCCUGCCCUCGCCCGCCUUGGCUUUUCGGCCACACAGUGAACUUUGCGAGGUAGAAGGGCGUCGUUAUCCGAGAGCAGUUUGAUGCUGGGCACGUUUCCCUGGCAGCAGAGACCCAACUAGAACCAGUGCCCGUGCCAGCAGAUGGCAGAGGGAGGGCUGCCUUAGGCCGGGCUUCGUGUCACCGCGGACUGCCGGCGAUCUGGCACUCGCAACCACUCUUACCACGAUGGAAACAAAGCGUAGUACGCUGGCCUCAAGCCGGACUGCACAGGAGGCCGGCGGCUCAGCACAGGGGAGCAGAGAGUGGACGCCCCUUCCACGAGGGCAACCCAACGCCUUCGCCGAGAAGCCGGCCCCAGGGCGGACCAUGGAGGCCGUGCAGCCAUACUACCGGGCCGCCCCCAUCGAGGCUCCCCCACCCCCUCCUCCUCCUGCCCACCACCCGCACCUUCUCCCCGGCCCCUACCACUACCCCCAGCCCCCGUUCCCAGCCUUCCCCAGCCGGUCUGGGACCACCCCGUCCUACGUUCCCGAGGGCAGGUCCUGGCAGUCUGAGAACGCCAGGGCCCCGGAGUCCUACCAGGCCCGGCUGCCCCAACACCAUCACCACCACCAGCAGCAGCCCGCUGGUAAGAAGGCGCCGGGCUUCAGGCAUUACCCGCCGGUCCCAAGAGAGGAGGCGCUGGUGAAGGAGCGCAAGGUCAGGAAGCCGGGCCGGCACAUCUGCCACUACUGCGGCCGGGCCUGUGCGAAGCCCAGCGUGCUGAAGAAACACAUUCGCUCACACACGGGCGAGCGUCCUUACCCCUGCAUCCCCUGCGGCUUCUCCUUCAAAACCAAGAGCAACCUGUACAAGCACCGCAAGUCGCACGCCCACGCCAUCAAGGCUGGCCUUGUGCCCCCGGCGGCAGAGCAGGGGUGCGAGGGAGGGUGGAUAGGGACCGCCGCCCCAGAGCUGCCCUCCGAUGGAGACGAGAGCACGGACACGGACGAGGAGGUACGGCUGAGAGGGAGACCAUCGCCCCGGGGGGAGACGGAGGCGGGCAGAGAAGGAGAUGGUGAAGCCUAUUUCCACCAGUCCUCUGGGGGCUCAUUGGACGCCCCAGGAGAGGAGCCGUCUCACACCCACCCGCACAUGAAGGUGCCGAUCCUCAUCGUUCCCAGGGCCUCGGUAGGGGUGACGUCCUCGCAGACCGAAGCCCCGGUCUUCAUCAAAGCUGAACCGUGCCGGAGCCCCGUCCUGGCCCAGAGUUACGGCGGACAGCACGCCAUCAAGCAGAAGCUGGCGCUGAGGCUGAGUGAGAAGCGGGGGCAGGACAGCGAGCAGUCCCUCAAUCUGCUCAGCCCUCACAGCAAGGGCAGCACAGACUCGGGCUACUUCUCCCGCUCAGAAAGUGCCGAGCAGCAGGCCAGCCCUCCCAACACCAACGCCAAGUCCUACGCUGAAAUCAUCUUCGGGAAGUUCGCCCGGCGGGCGCCCCGGACUGUGGUGGCCAACAUGACCGCCCAGGAGGCGCAGCUGGCGGGCCUGAAGGAGAAGGCCGAGUCGCUGCCGCGUUCCGGCUCCAAGCCGGACAUCGAGAAGCUCCUGGAGGAGCACAUCAUUCAGGUGAUGACACACGGCGAGGCGCUGAUGGAGCCGGGUCAGGCGAAAGCUCGGAGGUUCUUCCUGCCCGGCGAGGACAGCGCGGAGAUGCCGCUGUACCCAGACAUCAAGGCCGAAGUCUAUCGCCUCGCAUCCCAGGUUGACAAGGAGCUGCUGGGUCUUCCAGCCGACGCGGCUGAGAGCUCCCCGCUCAUCCGGAGCAACUCCAUGCCCAUAACCCCGGGCAGCGGGCUGGGCGUCCCGCAGGUGCUGCGGGGCAGCCACUCCUUCGACGAGCGGAUGGCCAGCCCCGACGAUGUCUUCCACUCCGGCUCUGCCGCAUUGCCCCAGCAGCGCUGCCUGUUGAAGAGGCAGACGGCCAUCGAGCUGCUCCACGGCCCCGACGCCCACUCGCCGGCAGACGACCCAGAGGCGGGCCACGGCCUCCAGAGAGUCGGCGUGGUCCCCAAGGUGGAGGAAGGGGAGCCCAUCGAGGGUGGGCAGAGGGGACAAGGCACCGCCUUCGAGUGCGAGGCCUGCGGCGUCAAGUACCAGAUCUGGGAUAACUUCGAGGCCCACCGCAAGUUCUACUGCUCGCCCGCCCACGGGCCCAGGGUGACGAGCUCGGCCGCCCACCGACCGCGAGGCGAGAGCGGCGCCGAGUACGGGGCUCUCCCCCAGGCCCCGCACCACAAGCCCGCUCACGGCCCGGAGAACCUGCCCUUCCGCAAGAGGAGGAAAGAGAAGAGCGUGGGGGACGAGGACGAACUGGCUGGAGACUACGGGAGUCCUUACAGUGGCUCCAGCACCUCGCCCGUCUCGUUGUGCGACUCCAGAGCCGAGUCCUUGGAGCAGGAGCCGGUGGCCAGGGCUACGAAAGUCGCCGAGGAGCGGGGGGAGGAAGAGGGAGCGGGCGUUUCCGAGCACUGGCCCGCCUCGCCGCAGGCCUCCCGCAGGCCCGGCGGCAACGAGAUCUCCGUGAUCCAGCACACUAACUCCCUGAGCAGGCCCAGCUCCUUCGAGCGGACAGAGUCGAUGGAGGUGACGCCCGCCGACCCAACCCUCUCCGACCCCCAGCCCGAGUCGGCCCCCUCGGGACUGGCCACCUCCCCUCAGCCCAAGCUGGUGCGCCAACGUAACAUCCAAGUGCCGGAGAUCCGUGUGACCGAAGAGCCGGACAAGCCCGACAAGGAGCAGGAGCCACCGGCAAAGGAGCCGGAGAAGAUCACGGAGGAGUUUCAGUGGCCGCAGAGGAGUGAGACCCUGUCCCAGCUCCCCGCCGAGAAGCUGCCGCCCAAGAAGAAGAGGCUACGCCUGGCCGACCUGGAGUACUCGUCCGGGGACUCGAGCUUCGAGUCGGGGACCUUGAGCCGCAGCCCCAGCCAAGAGAGCAACUGGUCGCACAGCUCCAGCCUCUCCCUCUCCUUGGACCGGGACGAAGGACCUAAGGCUCCGGAUUUGGGCCGGGCCCCGGCAGAGUACCUGACUGUGCCCUACGGCGCCAGCGGGCCGCAGCAGAAGGAGAUGAGGCGCUCGGCCUCGGAACAGACGCCGUGCCAGCCCUGCGUGGAGAUGGCGGAGGCCCGCAGCAAGUCCUUCGACUACGGGAGCCUGUCGGCCGGGCCCGGCUUGCUGGGACUGCCGAUACACGCCUCCUCGCCCGUGGCCAUGGAGAGGAGAAAGUGCUUCUUGGUUCGCCAGGCCACCCUCAGCCAGUACUCGGAGAGCCCCCAAACCGAGCCGUGCCCAGAGCCCGGGGAAUCCAUUCAGCUCAACCAGGCCUACCCGCUGCAGGCGCCGUGGCUCCGCUCCCCAUCGCCCGGCAUCGAGGUCUCCACGCAGCCCCCAGCCAUCCCCCUCUUCCCGGGGCCGGCCAGACUACCGGGUCCGGCUGGGGGGCCCGAACCGCCGUCUCUCAUCCCCUACGGCCCCUGGCGGGCCUUGCCGUCGGAUCCCGAGGGCUGGCCGGACGAAGGAAGGCUCCGCUCCCGCCCGGAGAGUCAACAUGUCUCGUCUCCCCGAGCCUCCCCCCAGCACUCCCCCAGCCGCCAGGGAACACCUGCACUCGCCACCACCGUCCUGGCUCAAGGCCCUACCUCGCUGUUGGUGCCGGUCAGGAUCGAGGCGUACGUCCCAAGCUACGGCAGCGUUACCUACACCAGCGUUUCCCACGCAACCGCUUCAUGCCGUGCCUCCGGCGCCUUGGUUCUCCCGGCCCGAGGUGGAGCCGGGGUGGGGCGGGAGCUGUCGCGGUUGCUAGCGGCCCAGCGCGGUUCGCUGCUUCUGCCGCCCUGGAAGCUUCCCCUGCCGCCGGGCCGGGCCGAGGCGCCCACGUCCGAGGGUCCCUCCUCCUCCUCGGCGGCUGGCGGCAGCAAGCGGGUGCUGUCGCCGGCCAGCAGCCUGGAGCUGGUGCUGGAGAGCCAGCGGCAGAAGCGGGUGAAGGAGGAGAAGAUCUGCGGGCAGAUGAUGGAGAAGUUGAGCCUCCGGGAGUCAACCAAGCCGGCCAAGCCGCAGCUGGUGCGGCAGCGCUGCACCACCGAGCUGAGGGACAACCGUGCACCUCCCUCCCCUCAGGACCACUGGUCCCGCCACCACAGACACUCUCACCCCGACGAGCAGUGCAGCGACGUGGAGAGCGGAGGCGGGGAGAGCCCGCUGCCCUCCGACCCUUCACCCGACCCCCCUGCUCACCGCUUCCCCAUCAGCAUGGUGGUCCAGGUGCCCUCGGGUGCCGGGCCGCCGGUGGGGGGGACCCUCCUGUUGGCCGACGCCACCGAGCUCCAGCAGUUCCUGCAGUUCCCCAGCCUCCGCAGCAACGUGACAGUGAGCUGGUGCUUCCUCAACUACACCAAGCCCAGCCCUGCCCGGCAGACAGCCCCCACCUCCUCCAUCUACGCCGCCUGGUGUGUCAGCUCCUACAACCCCAAUCCGCCCGGCACUCCAACCAAGGUGGCCUUGGCCCUUCUACGGUCCAGGCAGAAGACGUGCCGAGAGAUCUACAUCACCUCUGCUGUCGGCUGGCCCAGCGCCGGCAAACUGGUGGCUUCCAGCGGGUGGAAACAACGGUUAGCCCAGAUUAAAUGGUACGAAUCUUCCCAGCAAGAGAGUGACAGAACUGGAAGAAAAACAACAGGAAGUAUGGAAAAGGAGAGGGAGAAGAUGGAUACAAGUGUCACAAAAGACCUUGGAACCAAAAUGAUUGAGCCCACAAGGAUUAAAAUCUUCGAUGGAGGCUACAAAUCCAACGAAGAUUAUGUUUAUGUGAGGGGGCGAGGAAGAGGGAAAUAUAUCUGCGAGGAAUGUGGAAUCCGGUGUAAGAAACCAAGCAUGCUGAAGAAGCAUAUUCGCACACACACAGAUCUCCGACCCUUCAUGUGCAAGUUCUGUAACUUUGCUUUCAAAACUAAAGGAAACCUGACAAAGCAUAUGAAGUCAAAGGCUCACACGAAGAAGUGCUUGGAGUUGGGAAUUGCAAUAAACUGCAUGUACAACACCGACACAGAGGAAACAGGAAUACUGGAUGAGACGGAAAAAGAUGCCCUGAAUGAAGUGCCGGUCCUUCAUCAGUUCUCGGAUCCCGAGGACACAGAUGGGGCCGAGGAAGAGGGAGACGAAGAUGAUGACGACGAUGAUGAUGAUGAUGAUGACCGACAAGGAGACAGUACGCCGACCACGAGAUCUCGAAGCACCAGCCCCUUAGCCCACAGUUCGAAGCCACACUCUGUCACUUUUAGUAUUGCCUCAGCCUCUUCGUAUGAUGUUUCGCAUUCAAGCAACCAGUCUUCCCUCAUCAGUUACUUAGUGACGGUACCAAGGAUUCAAGUGACUCAGCUCAUCCCGCCCAGCUAUACUCAUGCAGGGUCUCCAUUGACAGAUUAUCAGAGGCAUUUGCACAAUAGGUUGAUAGAAUCAGUGGAGUACAAAGAUAGACUGGAUAUACCGGCCACAGCUGGCUUGUGGCCUUCGCAGACUGAAGACGGGUCUUCGAGAGAGGAUAGUUCCAGAGAAAUGUCCCCCUCCGGAGAUACGGGUUCAAGUACUCAACCCUCACCAGCCUACGAGGGAUCUCCAGGGAGGGAUGCGUCGCCAACUUCUCGCAGGUACCUGUCUCCCAGGCGAGACCUCUCGCCCAGACCCCACCUGUCUCCAAGACGAGAGAUAUCGCCUUUAAGACACCGGUCGCCAAAGAGGGAAACCCACCUGAGUGAUUGGUCUCCAAAAAGAGAUGCUUCCCCACACAGCCACUUCCUUCCAAGGAGAGAGAUUUCCUCAGCAAGGCAGGUCUCCCCUGCUAAAGACCACUCCCCAAGAAGGGAACUAUCUCCCAGGAGGGAUUACAGAGAAAGGAGGCACGUGCCAAUGAUAAGAGCAACAUUGCCACGGAGAGGUUCAUCCCAGAGUGAAUAUGUAACGGGCCAGUAUAUGCAGCAUCCAGAAAUGAACCUGAGACAAUCGUGGUUGACCCCGUACGAUAGCAGCAGGCCAACACCCUGGCCGUGGUACCCCAGUGAGAAUGCCCAAGGAGAUCCGAGCCACUCAGUCGUGCCCGAGGCUCAGACUGGUUGUCUUUUCACACACUUGCCUCUGCACUCCCAGCAGCAGGCGAGGGCCCCCUACCAAAUGAUCCCCAUCGGGGGCAUCCAAAUGGUCCAGUCGGGGCCCCCAGCCUUUCCCGGGAACCUGCCAGCAUCACAACUCCCUCUGCGGGGUAGACGGAGAGAGGAGAGCAUCAUCGACGAAGCCACCCACUGCGUCAUAGAGAGCAUCAAAGAGAUGGACAUCUUCUCCAAGGCGGAGGAGGUGUCCGUACCUUCCCCUAUGGCCGUCUCGCCACCGAGGCACAACUUCCUCGAGGGAUCCGGGUCGUCCCUCAGGCCGAGGGAAGGAGGCGCGAUGGGCGACGAGGCGUGCGAGGACCAUGCCCUCCAGAGCCGAGUGGACGCGGCCAGGGAGUUUGCAGCCCGUUCCCGGGCGGACGAGGCGGCGAAGGCCUUCGAGCGGCUCUGCCAGCCAGAGAAAGGUGCGCUCCUUCCGCCGGGCGCGGAGCACUUCAGCGGAGCGCGCCCCGCCCGCGCCAAUGGCGGGACCUCCUUCCCUCGCCAGCAUGCCAGUGAAGAGGGACCUGCGGACGAAAGGCUCGGAAACAGUGAUGGGUCACGAUGACCCAGAGCACCAAGUGUACUGCAUGAACCAUUGUCAAUGUGGAGAUGAUCUGAAGGUCAACGUUGAAGCUGUGAGGCCAGGGGCUGGGGUGUUGGUCACACCAGCUGUCCCUCACUUCGUCCACGACUGGAUCCGACGUACACAAAUAUAUGGAGAUAUUUUCUAUUUGUUUGUUUAAAAAAAAAACCCUGACCAAAAUUAACUUGCAGGCUUAAUUUUAUCGUCCUGUUACGUACUUUUCUUCAAUGUCGCAGAUAUUUUGUGCCUUUUAUUUCUGCUUGUACUUUUCCUGUAUGCAAAAUGACAGAAAGGGAGAAUUUGUACAUAUUUUAAACAUUGUGUACCUGCUUAAGAAUUGUACUGUUUUUCUCUUUAGAGCACUUGGUGGGGUUUGGGGUGGAUGGGGUUUUGUCUUAAAUGAUGUGAAUGAUUUAUUUGAAAAGUUUGUUUUUCUGGGUUGGAGGUGAAUGGGCUGGAAUAUCGUUACACAUGUGAGGUUGCACUAAAAAUGUAUUUUUAUACAAUUGAAACUACUCUUGUGUACAGCAAAUGAUUCUGUGAUACUAAUAUUUAUUAUUUUUGUUUUAUAAAUUGCAAAUGUAUUUUCCGCUCCCCCUGCCCCUUUGGUGUAGGCACCUCUUACAUGAAGCAUGGGAUUUGUACGCUGUAAAUAUUUUGCUGCUGAGAUCUUAAAAUGUGAGCACUACCAUCAAAUCAGUGCCCCGAUCACUUGACAGUCUAAAUCAUUGCAAAACGUUGUCUGAAACACCCUUCCAAUUUCCUUUAAAAUAUUGAGACCUGGUGAGAUAAUGGGAGGAAAAAACUCUCCAAAACUGAAUCUAAUCCUUGUGAAGAUGUGAAGCAGAUGGGUAGCACCUGGACACAAUUAUAUUCAGUGUUCUCAUAUCUC